UCACGUGACUGCGGCUCAUGAACCAGACAGAGAGCAGCUGAACUUUCCGGAGAUGAACUGGCAGUGAGCUUCGGGCAUCAGCCAGCGACUUUGACUCUCGGACCAUCAUGUCUCUACGUGAUGAACUCCUCAAGCCCAUUUGGUUCGCCUUCACGGCCUUGGACGUGGACAAGAGCGGGAAGGUGUCGAAAUCUCAGCUCAAGGUGCUGUCACACAACCUGUGCACAGUGAUGAAAAUCCCUCAUGACCCAGUGGCUCUAGAAGAGCAUUUCAAGGAUGACGAUGAGGGCCCAGUGUCCAAUCAGGGGUACAUGCCCUACCUUAACAAGUUCAUCCUUGACAAGGCAACUAGUGAUUUCAGUCGUCAGGACUUCAACACAAUGUGUUGGACGUUGUGCUACAGGAAGAACCUGGAUCAGUGCCAGUUGCUCAUCUCCAAUGAAGACGCCUUCAAGAUAUGGUGCAUUUUCAUCUUCCUGUCUGAGGACAAGUACCCCCUCAUCAUCGUGUCAGAGGAGAUUGAGUACUUCCUGCGAAAACUGACCGAGGCAAUGGGAGGUAUCUGGGUGGAGGAGCGUUAUGAAAACUACAAGCUGCAUCUGGACGCUAAACAACAGUGUCUGAGUGCCUGGGAGCUCAUCCGGCUUGUGUCCUCUGGACAGUUCAGCAAAGGCAUGGACCUCCAGACGCUGUCUAUGGGCAUCAACGAGGUCUACCAGGAGCUCAUAAUGGACGUACUCAAGCAGGGCUACAUGAUGAAGAAAGGCCACAAGAGAAAGAACUGGACGGAGCGUUGGUUUGUGCUGAAACCCAACUUGAUCUACUACUACAUCAGCGAGGACCUGACUGAAAAGAAAGGUGACAUCGUGCUGGACGGAAACUACACAGUCGAGUCUUUGGCGGAUAAAGAAGGGAAAAAGUGUCUGUUUAUGAUCAAGUCGCCACAGAAAAGCUUUGAAAUCAGCGCAUCUGACAAGAAAAAGAAGCACGAGUGGAUGCAGGCCAUCCAAACAUGCGUGACGCUGCUGCGUCAGGGCCGACAGGCGCCUCACCGGGAGGCCCGACACAAGCGCCGAGAGAUGCGUCUCAAGCAGCAGGCUGACCAGGAAGAGCUAGCACUGAGGAUGAGGGAGCUGCAGAUGGCCAAUGAAGCCAAACAGCAGGAACUGGAGAACAUGAGGAAGGCCCUGGAGGAAGCCGCAGCAAAUGCAGCAGAGGAAGAAAGAAGGCGACUCCAGACUCAAACUGAGCUUCAGGACCGUUACCAAAUGGACCUGGAGAAAGAGAAGAUGGUUCGGCAGCAGAUGGAGGAACAGAUGGCGCAGAAGUCCACGGAACUAGAACAAUACCUGCAGCGAGUCCACGAGCUGGAGAACAUGUAUAAACAGCUGGAGGAUGCUCUGGAGGAUGAGAGAAGAGCCAGACAAGAUGAAGAGAUGGUCCGUAAGCUGCAGGCACGGUUGCUGGAGGAGGAAGCUGCCAAGAGAGCAGAGCUCGAGCAGAUCCACCUGCAACAGCAGCAAGCCAUCUCAGAAACGGAGGCUGAGAAGCAGGAGCUGCAGAGGGAGCGACAGGCCAAGGAGCACGCCCUGCAGGUUGCCAUGAAUCAGCUGACAGAGUUGGAGCAGGAGAGGCAGGGGGCGCUGCAGCAGUACCAGACUGUAAUGAAGAAGUUGGAAGUCGCAGCCAACAACACAAAAUCCUGGAAGCACAAAGUGGCGGAACAUGAGGGAUUGUUGAGGCUCAUUCAACCAGGCUCCAAGGGGCCGCAGCUGUUCACCAACUGGGGUCCGUCUGCCUUCACUGACAAUGAGCUGAGUCAGCGAGAGAAGCAGUGGCAGGACAUGAAGAACCAGGUGACGCCUGCACAGUAGAAGCACAGAUGAACCUGAGAGUAGAAACCACCGACAGAAGCGCUCCCCUCAGAAACGUAACCAAACACAACCUGAAAAAGACGUGAUGUGGACGCCUGCUGCAGCCAGCGUCUACAAGCUUUUACAUCUCCGUGACCCUCUUGGACUGAUAUGACUUCCACUACCUACCCCCCACCCCUGGUCCUACUGUGUUGAAUCAUCUAUCGUCAAUCCCACUGAAGAUGGAAGAGUAACUGACUGUGUAUUACAUCUUAAUUCAGGAUAACCUGUCGCUUGUUUGUAUCACUAACUUCUGACCCUCUGCAUGUUAAUAUUUUUAAAAUGUUAAAUGAAAAUAAGGGAUGUUGUAAAUAACAGUCACUUGCUAACAGAAAUAGCUUUGUGAAGUAGACUUGUCUUAAUAUUGUCUUUUGGUGUUUUUUAAACUGCUUUGAAGAUAAGCUGAUUUGUGAAAUAAACAACUAUGAAAAAGGGGAUAACCCCGCUACUGUGUACCACCAGCUGGUC